ACCGGGUCGGGCGCGGGCCAUGGAGCGGAGCGCGAGCAAGGAGCUCGCCCUGGCCCCGCUGCAGGACUGGGGCGAGGAGACGGAGGACGGGGCGGUGUACAGCGUCUCCCUCCGGCGCCAGCGCAGCCAGCGGGGGAGCCCGGAGCAGGGCCCGGGGGGCGGCCAGAUCUCCAGCCCCGCACCCGCCGACGCCUUCCUGCAUUACCGCACCAGCAAAGUGCGCGCGCUCCGGGCAGCACAGCUGGAUCGGCUGGUUCGUGAGCUGGUGUUGGGGGACCGGGAGCAGGACCCCAGCUUUGUGCCCGCCUUCCUGGCCACCCACCGCGCCUUCGUGCCCACCAGCCGCCUGCUGGGCCUCCUCCUGCCAUCACCCCCGGGGCCAACGCUCAGGCACAUGGCGAAGCCUGAGGAUGGCGGCGAUCCGGCUUUCAACAGGGACCUCAGGUCGGUGGUGUCCGUGCUGGGUUCCUGGCUCCAGGACCAUCCUCGGGAUUUCUGGGACCCACCUGCUUACCCCGACCUCAGCAGCAUCUGCACCUUUCUGGGCUGGGCAGCCCCAGGGGGUCCCGAGGCCCAGCAGGCGGAGAAGUUGCGCAGAGAUUUCCUGGAGGCCGAAGAACUCAAAAAAGACCAGCAGCCUCUUCACCAAGCCUGGGGAGGAGGCUCUCUGGGUGCUGCUGCCCAGAACCCCAGAUCAGACACCCAGGAAGACUGCCGGGAAGAGGAGGAGGAGGAGGAUGAAGUGGGUCAGGAAGGCCCUGAGCUGCUGGACUUCAGUGUGGACGAAGUGGCCGAGCAGCUGACCCUGCUGGACGCGGAGCUCUUCUCCCGCGUGCGGCCCUGGGAAUGCCUGGGCUCCGUGUGGUCGCAGCGGGACAGGCCCGGAGCUGCGGGCAGCGCCCCCACGGUGCGCGCCACAGUGACCCAGUUCAACACGGUGACGGGCUGCGUGCUGGGCUCCGUGCUGGGGGAGCCGGGCCUGGCCGCCCCGCAGCGCGCGCAGAGGCUGGAGAAGUGGAUCCGCAUUGCGCAGCGUUGCCGGGAACUUCGCAACUUCUCAUCCUUGCGGGCCAUCCUCUCUGCACUCCAGUCCAACCCCAUCUACAGGCUUAAGCGCAGCUGGGGGGCUGUGAGCCGGGAACCUCUGUCCACCUUCAGGAAACUCUCCCAGAUUUUUUCAGAUGAAAACAAUCACCUUAGCAGCCGGGAAAUUCUCUCCCAGGAGGAAGCUUCUGAGGGCCCCCAAGAGGAAAACCCACCUUCCGGAAACCCAACCACAACGCUGCCACCAGGCCCCGUGCCCUACCUUGGCACCUUCCUCACCGACCUGGUCAUGCUGGAUACAGCCCUGCCGGAUAUGCUGGAGGGGGACCUCAUCAACUUCGAGAAGAGGAGAAAGGAAUGGGAGGUGCUGGCCCGCAUCCAGCAGCUGCAGAGACGCUGUGGCCUUUACUGCCUGACCCCGAAACCUGAGGUGCUGGCCGCCCUGCGCUCCCAGAGGCAGCUGAGCGAAGAGCAGAGCUACCGGGUCUCGAGGGUCAUCGAGCCCCCCGCCGCCUCCUGCCCAAGCUCCCCACGCGUGCGGAGGCGCAUCAGCCUCACCAAGCGCCUCAGUGCGAAGCUGUCAAGAGAACGAGGCUCUCCGCCCGCUGGGAGCCCCGGGGAGCCGCCGUCCCCCACCUCCAGUCUGUCACCAGGGUCCCCUCCUUCCAGUCCGAGAAGCAGGGACCCUCCUCCAGGCAGUCCUCCAGCCUCUCCAGGACCUCAGCUCCCCAGCUUUAAGCUGCCUCUGAGCUCGGAGCUGACAGGUCCCAGACCCCUGAGCAGCCAGGCCUUGCCACUCCCUGGGCAGCCGGGCGCCGAGGCCCGCGUCAUCCGUGUCAGCAUUGAUAAUGACCACGGGAACCUGUACCGGAGUAUCCUGCUCACCAGCCAGGAUAAGGCGCCCAGCGUGGUUCAGAGAGCCCUGGAGAAGCACAACGUUGCCCAGCCGAAGCCCCGAGACUACCAGCUGUUUCAGGUCCUUCCAGGGGACAAGGUGCUCCUGAUCCCCGACAAUGCCAAUGUCUUCUACGCUAUGAGCCCGGCUGCACCUGGAGACUUCGUGUUGCGGCGAAGAGGGGGUGCCAUCUCCCCGACCUGAGCUGUUCCCCAAGGCAACUUCCCUCUGGCCCCAGACAAUAAGAAGUUGUUCUCUUCCCCCAAAAAAACUUCUGCUUCCCAUGAGAGCUCUUUGUACCCUGUGUCCUAUGACCUAUGACCCGUGCAUCUUCAGUUCAUUGAAAAAUCCCUCCCUCUGGUCCUUAUGGAACUGGAUCCUGAUUCCAAAGAUUUCCCAGUCACCCCUGAAAAUUUCUAUCCUUAAAAAGAAGGAAAGGAAAAACUAAAAAGAAGGAAAGGGAUAUUGUAGGGGUCAUAUUUCUUUCCAGAAAAAUCAUGUAUCUUCCAAAGACACUGAAAUAAAUGGAAAUUGUGUCCAACAUUUAUCUAUCAAACAA